CUCUCUCGUCUAUCAAACAUGAUUCAGAUUUGAUAGUCAUAUAAAAAUGUCGCUGUUUAUGAACUUGUGCGCGUUUUUCUGCAAACUCGUCGUGCUCCCGAUGUACAUCGCGGAGCAGGCGGGACUCUUGUCUUUCUACAAACGCGUCUUUCCUAUCAUUGUCUAUAAAAUCUCCUUCUCGUACAAUGACAAAAUGAACGACAAGAAACGGGAACUAUUCCGAAACCUGGACCGAUUUUACCCCUCGAAAGGCUCUCUGCGCAUUCUGGAAGUGGGCUGCGGAUCUGGGGCGAACUUUGAGCACUACCCGACGGGCUCCAAGAUCACCUGCACAGACCCCAACCCGCAUUUCAAGAAAUACCUGGAGAAAAGUAUGGAGAAGAACGAGCACCUGGUGUACGACAGCUUUAUAGUGGCGUCGGGGGAGAAUCUGCAGGCGGUGGAGGACAGCUCGGUGGAUGCUGUGGUUUGCACUCUGGUUCUGUGCUCGGUCAAAGACACCAACAAAGUUCUGCAGGAGGCAAAGAGGGUCCUGAGGCCUGGAGGAGCGUUUUUCUUUCUUGAGCACGUGGUGUCAGACCCUUCAACCUGGGUUUACUUUUUUCAACAUGUUCUUCAGCCAUUCUGGUACUUUUUUGGCGAUGGCUGUGAAACAACCCGUACUACUUGGAAGGACAUUGACGCUGCAGGAUUUUCAGAUGUGAAGCUUCGCCACAUUCAAGCUCCUCUGUUUUUCAUGAUCAAACCACACAUCGUUGGCUAUGCCGUCAAAUAAUCGAUAGUAAUAUGAAUUCUGCCAAACAUACAAAAAAAAUCUUAAGUGUGUUUUCGUUUAGUGAGCCUGAUUCAUUUCACCAUGCACUUUUAAAUGUUUUUCUAUGAGCAAUGUUACAUGCCAUAGAAUAUAGUUUGUUUACCAUGAAUAGAGAUUGCAUUGUAUAUUUUAUAAAACUGUAUCUUGCUGCAUGAGUCUGCAAAACGCAUGAUAACUGAAGCCGACAAAAACACAAACGUGAACCAAUGAAAGACAUUCAUCAUAAAACAGGCAUUGGGAUAAUAUGGUUUAAAAAAGCAACACUGCCAUCUAGUGGUCAGGGUGAAUCACUAAGAAAAAUAAACUUAAUUUUAACUUCUUCUGUACUAGCUAAAAUAGUUAAAAGCACCACAAGCAUUGUCCACCUUUAACAGUUUGAUUGACAUUUUGAUUUCCUGGCCACUGAAUUUCCUUAUUUUAUGUUUGAUUUUGGUUCAAUAAUUUAUUUUUAUUCACAUAAAAUUUAAGAAAUGCAAUUAAAAAGGCUCUAUUUAUGAAAAGUCAUUUCUAGAUGCUCCAACUGAAUUUGACAAAUGUAUUUUUAGUACAAAAUGCAUUAAUAGUUUUUUAUAUGCCUGGAAAAGAAUAUUUUAUCAUUACCGGAUAUUUUUAUGCUGUUUGUGGCUGUGGGAACUCAUUACAACAUACAGUGCUCAGCAUAUACGAGUACACCCCUCACAAAUCUUAUAAAGUCUUAUAAAUUCAUAUUUUUAGUAGGAAGCUACACAAUAUUAUACUUGUGCAUAUACAUUAGAUUAGUCAGUACUGAAGCCAAAUCUGGAGCUUAUCUAACAAAAUAACUUUUGAUAAUGCUCCAAAAACUAGAACACUCAAAUUUAUAUGCUAUAGAAAAAUAUUAAAUACGAAUUUAAAAAGGAAAAAUCAAGAGAAGCAAAAAAAAAAAGAUAUUUUUUGUUGAAAUGUUGUAGGUUGUAAUUUUUUGUAUUUAAUUGUAUUAUCUUUGAAUUUCUAUAUAUAUUUGGUGACGGAAAUAUUAUUUUAAUAAAUAUAUCUGUUUAAUGAA